UUCCCCCUCUCUCUCUUCUUGCAACCCGGUUUGGGGAAUGUAGCGAGGAAACGAAGAAGGAGAAAAGGCUAACGAAGAAGAAAAGAGGCUGUUCUUCCGGAGAAAGGGAGGUUGGCUCGUCGGACUCACCCCUUUAUCCAUUUACCGCUUCAUGACCAUCCCCAUCUUCUUCCUCCUAUUUUCUUCUUCUUCUUUUUCCUAGCAAGUUUUCCUGGAAGAAAGCCGAGAACGAAGAAAAUCGAGGGAGGAGAUUCAAAAAAGAAAUGCUCAGGUAUCUGAUUUCGUGAAAUUUAUGAUUUUGAUUACUGGGUAUUUCAUAUAUCCAUCACUUGUGGGAGGUUUCGGCGACUGGAUGGACUUGGAUAACAUUGAGUGUGUGUCAUCCUCGGAUGGUAUUGACGAGGACGAGAUCCACCAUCACGGUAUACAUCCUCACUCCCAUCAUCACUCUGAGUUUUCAUCCUCAAAGCCUCGCAAUGGCGCCAUCAGUAUGGGCCCCACGGCCAUUGCUCCGGCAACCAGCGUCCACGAGUUGCUGGAAUGCCCUGUCUGUACCAAUUCUAUGUACCCACCAAUUCAUCAGUGUCACAAUGGGCACACCCUAUGUUCAACAUGUAAGACAAGGGUGCACAACCGAUGUCCCACAUGCAGACAAGAGCUUGGGGAUAUUAGAUGUUUGGCUCUGGAGAAGGUAGCUGAAUCACUUGAGUUACCAUGUAAAUACUAUUCUCUUGGGUGUCCAGAAAUCUUUCCAUACUACAGCAAGCUCAAGCAUGAGACACAGUGCAAUUUUAGACCAUACAAUUGUCCUUAUGCUGGAUCAGAGUGUUCAGUUGUUGGGGACAUCCCUUUCCUCGUUGCCCAUCUGAGGGACGAUCAUAAGGUGGACAUGCACACGGGAUGUACAUUCAACCAUCGUUAUGUGAAGUCAAAUCCCCGUGAAGUAGAGAAUGCAACUUGGAUGCUCACUGUGUUUCAUUGUUUCGGGCAAUACUUCUGCCUUCAUUUUGAAGCUUUCCAGCUUGGGAUGGCCCCUGUUUACAUGGCAUUCCUUCGUUUCAUGGGAGACGAGAAUGAGGCUCGAAACUAUAGCUAUAGCCUAGAAGUUGGGGCAAAUGGCAGGAAGCUGAUUUGGGAGGGUACUCCAAGAAGUGUCCGGGAUAGCCAUCGCAAAGUCAGGGAUAGCCAUGAUGGUCUUAUCAUCCAACGAAAUAUGGCCCUUUUUUUCUCUGGUGGGGAUAGGAAGGAGCUUAAGCUCAGAGUUACUGGAAGAAUAUGGAAAGAGCAACAGAAUCCAGAUGCUGGGGUGUGCAUACCAAAUCUUUGUAGUUGAUGACGCUGUGUUUGACUCUGGGGCACUCUUCUCUAUCUUGUAAUAGAUGAAGGCAUCGAGGCUGCUUUGAAAUUCUCAGCUUUUCUUUGUCGUGUAAUAAACACAUUUCUUGGUCGGAAUUAUCAAAUUGUCAAAUUUGAUCCUGGGAAUCAGAAAUUGUCUCUUGUAAUUUCUCGUAUUGAAGACCUUUAUUAUUUGAUUGGUUGCUUCUUUGUAUGAUGUAUGUUUGGAGAAAAGGAAGUAUCACAAUUUUGGCCA